CCUAGGUAGAUAAUAAAAUAUGGCCCCACGUAAAGCCGGGAUCGGCAAUGCUGGGAUCCCCGACGCUCAUAAUAUAUUUCAACGGCGAGGACCGCAAGGUCUUUUCUCACCGACAACAUAAUUUCGGAAUUGGACCGCCAGACCGGGGGAACGUGUCCUGCAACUUGACUCCCUGCCAAUUGAUUUUCAAUUGAUCAAAAUGAAGCCUUCAGGGAUUCUCGUCACAGCUAAAAGGGGCCUGCCAGUGCUCCGAGCGCCCCUAAGACGGCAACCCCGUUUCUUCGCCCGAGCGGCGUCUUCCUCGGCUUCUGAGACAAGCGCCUUGGCUGCGAUAAUCACUUCACGAACUCACCCUCGAACACGUGUAUUAUCUAAUCGUCUUCCCCUCCCCGUUCAAAGCCGUCGAAGUUACGCUUCGGCACCGACAACAGGGUCCGAAUCUCUAAGCAAGACAGCUCUUUACGAUCUCCAUGUCUCGCACGGCGCCAAGAUCGUGCCCUUCGGAGGGUUCUAUAUGCCGGUCCAGUAUGCCGGGCUGAGUGUCACUGCCUCCCAUCACUUCACGCGGAGCCAUGCCUCGCUGUUCGACGUCGGACACAUGGUCCAGCAUCGGUUCGAGGGUCCCGGCGCCACUGCCUUUCUCCAGCGAAUCACACCUGCCGGCCUUGAGAGCCUCGGCGUCAACUCGAGUACCCUCAGCGCACUUUUGGUCCCUGGUAGCGGCGGCAUCGUCGAUGAUACCAUUAUAACAAAGCUCGGCGAAAACUCUUUCUACGUCGUCACCAACGCCGGGUGCCGGGACAAAGACCUCGCAUAUCUGAGUGAGCAGUUAGGACAAUGGGAGAAAGAGGACCGUCUGUCUGUUAACCACACGGUCCUCAAUGGGCAGGGCUUGAUCGCGCUGCAAGGCCCUCUUUCCGAACAGAUCCUCGAACAAGUCCUGGCCAACCCCAAGGAAACCGAUCUCCACGGGUUGUUUUUCGGACAAUGCCGCUCCGUGACGCUGAAGCUUCAGGACGGGCGUGAGGUGUCCGAUAUACUAGUCAGCAGAGGUGGAUAUACCGGCGAAGACGGGUUUGAGAUCUCCAUCCCUGAGGAACACACCGUUGCCGUGACCGAAACACUCCUUCAGUCCGCCGGCCCGGAGAAAUUACAGCUGGCAGGCCUAGGCGCACGCGAUAGCUUGCGUCUGGAGGCGGGCAUGUGUCUGUACGGCCACGACCUAAACGAAGACAUCACACCCGUUGAGGGCGCGCUAAGCUGGAUCAUCGGCAAGGAGCGGCGCAGCGAGACAGACGUCUCAAAAGGCGCGUUCUACGGUGCAAGCGUCAUUCUCGGCCAACUAACGCCCAAGAGUAAAGGCGGAGCGGGCGUUGAGCGCCGGCGAAUCGGGCUAGUAGUCGAGGGAGCACCCGCGCGGGAAGGCGCUGAGAUCCAGGACGAGAGCGGUGCGAAGGUUGGCACCGUGACUAGCGGAUGUCCGAGCCCGUCGCUAGGCAAGAAUAUCGCCAUGGGGUAUGUCAAGGACGGCCUGCACAAGGCGGGGACCGAGCUCGUCGUUAGUAUUCGUGGACGUCCGCGGAAGGCGGUCGUGACCAAGAUGCCGUUUGUGCCGAGUAAGUACUGGAAAGGGAACGCUUAGGUUAUUAUUACAUUUUCGACGGUACAUAUUAGGUAUGUAAGGUUGGUAGGUACCUAAGGUUACGGAAACCAAGACAUAUGGCGUGGCUUGCUUGCUUGCUGAGGGUGUUUGUAUAAUGCAACGCAACGCAACGCAAUGCAAUAUAAGAUGGUGGGAGCGAAGAAUACGGGUUGGUUGGUGGGUUGCAUUUUUUUGGGCACUUUGAGACUU